ACCACCCCCGCCGGCCCAGGCAGGCCUCCCCGCGCCGGUCCAGGCAGGCCGCCCGCCGUGUGACCCCGCUGCUGCCGUCACCUCCGGUUCCGGCUGCGGUGGCGGCCGGCGGCCGCCAUGAGCUGGGCGCUUGGCCGCUGGCGGGUGCGGCGGCCCCUGCGCCUGCCGGACCCCCGGCGGUGGCUGGCGCGGCGGCGGGACCCGGAGGGCGCGGAGGCGGAGGGCGGGGGGGCCAUCCCCUUCUCUGCCAGCAAGGCCAGCCCGCGGGUGUGGAGCGUCAGCCGGUCCAUGGGGAGCGACCACGAGCGGCCGUGGGUGAAGGUGCUGCCGCUCAGCCUGCUGGGCUCCGCGCUGCUGCUCUGGUGCGCGCUCAGGGAGGAAACCGAGAUCGACCAGCGGCUGGAAGCGAUUUUCUCCGGUCAGAGCGCGGAGCCGCUGGACGUGGCCCGAGAGAGCGACGCAGCCCCGCAGCCGCGGGGGGGGCAGUGAGGGCGGGAGCGCGGCCGCGGUGCCGGUGCUGCCGGGCGGUGGCUGCCGUUGCCCUCCGCGCUGCCAGCCCGCCCGCCGCCUUGGCUCGCAGGCGCCAGCCCUGCCGGUACGGCGUUCGGUGCUGGCCCUAACGCAGCGAUUCACACUGGCAGCGCCAGGAGUAGCUUCCUCGUGCGUUGCACGGUGGGGAUGAGCGGGAUGUACUGCUGCACAUCAACGUGCCUUUGAAGAUACGUUUCAUACAACCCAUCUCUUUUCCAUGGAUCGUGUCUCUUAGAUGCACGGUGUAUUAAACUAUGAAAGCUGUAAGCCUGUAAAAUUGCCACUGAGGGUGACCUUCAUUUGACAUGUUGCAAGGCACAGAGUCUGUUCAGCUUAUAUUGAAGACAACUGUAAAUGUAUGAUUCAUUAAUACAGGAUUCUUUUGUGUCCU